AAGACGGACCAGAGAGACUAAAGAUGGGGGAGCAAGGUGGUUGGCAGGAGCCUAACAGAGGAGACUGGGCGGCCAUCUUGGAUUCCCAGACCCAGAUCGGUGCAGCCAAGGUUCCGCAGGACGAUAUCACUGAGCAGGCCAGGAACAGAGGCGACAUAGAGUCUGCAGUCCAUGAAGACCUGCUGAUAUCUGGUGUUACUGGCGGGAGAGACUGGACCUCUGAGGCGGCUGGUCACAAACCCUGGCCCCGGAUCAGGACCCUGGAUCAGGAGCCGUCGCUCUUCCUUCCCGAGUCAGAACCAGGACCCAACUGCGAGGGACAAAGACUCCACCACAACCACUACAUAGAACACAACCAGUGGACUGGUGGACUGAACAACCUCAGUCCUGGUGGUCAUCAGAGAGACAGAGACUCCAGUCAGGGAUCCAGUCUGCAGCCCAGACCCUUCUCUUCACAGUCUCAGUGCAGGGAUGAAGCAGGGCCUGGGGCUGAUAGAGAUAGACCCUCCUGUUCCUAUGAUACAAACACCACAGUAUCUAUGAUGAACAGAGCAGGUCAACCUGGGCUUCAGCCUUCACAGAGAGUGGUGGGAGACCCCCCUGGUGGGAGUCUAACAGGAAGUCUGUCUUCUCCUUCAGGGUCUUGUCUAAUGCCUAGUGACUGGGUUCAUAGAAGGCCUGGUCCUGGGUCUAGCCUUCCUCAGCUGUCUCAUGGUUACCCCACCAAUACAGACAGGGUCAGGAUGGGCGUUCACCUAGCCUAUAACACAGCACACAAUCCCAACAACACCCAAACAAUAGCUAGAGGUCAAGGAGGGAGCACAAAGACUAACCACCUGAGGAUGGUGGCUCCUGCUUCUACCUCCUCUGGUGUCAUUGGGUCACAACAUGGGAAGCCGAGCGUUAGGAUGGACACAGACAAGCCAUACGCCUGCCCCACGUGUGGAAAGUGCUUUGCUGAGGUGAAUUAUGUGAAGAUGCACCAGACCGUUCACACCCUUCAAGUGCAAACUAAACUACAAGAGCUUAUCAGACAUAGGAGUGUCCACAACGGGGAGAAAUCGUCAUAGCAGUGUGUCUUCAGAUGUACACAGGGGAUGUCAGGGAACCAUUCUUUAGCUGACAUAUUAUAGUUAUCAUGUGAAGUGUCUUGGGGUAAGAGGGUAAUUAACCACAUACCCCUCAUUAACCCUUUGUUAACUUGUCAUUUGAAUCAGGCUUGGGUUAAUACCUGUUUUUAGAGAGAGAGUAAACCUAGGCUAGAACAAGGACAGUUCCAGGAGCCUAUAGGUCACUCCCCCCUCAGAUCAGCUGAUAACAUUAGCAUUCUACUCGCCCCAACUACACUCCAGUGGUGUAGAGAGGGAGGUGAGAAACGUUCAAACACGGACUGCCCCAGUAUUGAUGCACUGCAAGGCUGUUUUGACUGCACCAAUUGGGAAUUGUUCUUUGAGUCAUUAUCCAGCUUAAAUGAACAAGUACUAACAUCAAAAUACAUUACUUUUUGUGUUGAAACAGAUUAAUAUUUGUCACCCUGGGUGACCGACAAGCUCAAGGGCAUUCUUAAUGAGGAAAAAAUGG